AAUUUUUCCUAUAUUUUCUUGAUUAUGAAUCGUGAAAUAAUUCAAAUUUCUCGUCUUCUCUUAUCAUCGUUUGGUAAUGGUCUCGCUAAUCACUAUCAUCUACUGUUAAUGCGAAUUACUAUGUUAUCAAGAUGAUUGCUUUUAAAGUAUUGAACAUUUUCAGUUAUUAUUAUAAAAGCGCUACAACUUUGUUAUAAAUGAAUAAAAAAAGCGAUAUGCGUUUUUCGUCUAAAUGUGCAAAAUGAUAAUUGCAUAUAAAAAAUAUGAAAGUUUAUUAUGACGCACACUUGUCCGCGCCAUCACACGAUAACAUCAUUAGCGAACUUAUAUAACCGUGACUUGUACAGUUCCAAUCGAACUGGCAGAUUCGUCGCAGCAUGCACAAAGCUCGCCAUGUGCAGCAGCAACAACGACACCAUUUCACCGCCCCCGAGCGAAUUCUUCCCCGAUGUCAAGAGCAAUCUCACGAAAAUCGUUUGGGCGCAUGCCGUCAACAACCACACGGAAUUGGCAAAGGCACUCUCGUCAGGGGACAUCAUGAUGCUGGAGGCCGAUGUUGUAUUGGGCAAAGUUAACGGCACCAACAGUGCAUAUCAAGUCCCAAUAAUGGCGCAUCCACCGGCUAAUGAGAGUGAUCUAUCGCUCGAGGACUUCCUCGAAACUUUUAUUCGCCAAAGUAACGGCUCGAAGGGCAUCAAGCUGGACUUCAAGUCUGAUGAAGUGUUCGAUUUGAGCAAGAACUUCCUUUCCAAAUACCGAUCAAACUUGAAAUUCCCAGUUUUCCUCAACGCGGACAUUCUUCCUGGACCAGUCAACGCCACUACUACUCCGAUUAAUGCGCAAACUUUCCUGAAAGGAGCUAACGAAACUCUACCAGAGUCUACUCUCUCCGUCGGUUGGACAACCAGUUACGGAAAGGGGUUAAACAUUACCGAUGGUCAAUACACCUUAGAGCAAGUCCAAAAGAUGCUCGACGUUCUAAAGGAGAACAAAGUUACACAGCCGAUAACUUAUCCUGUACGAGCUGGCCUCGUGGCGAACGAUAUUGAGUCUAUAAAGAAGUUGUUGGAGAACUCGACAUCCAGUACAACAUUAACGAUCUGGUCGUCAGAGGACGAUGACGUCGACGUAUCGCAGCUUUCGAAACUGAUCCAAGACGUGGGACUCGCAAAAAUCUACCUAGACGUGCCGGAGAAACUGAAGAGCCAGCUCAACCUCACGAACGCAUCUACGGUAGCGAAUCUAGGCGCAUCAUUGGCCUUCAUUCUGAUCCUGCUGACACUGCUGUGAAGCUGGACCAUAGAUAUAAAAGCGAAAACGUAGAAUUAUACUGCGGAAUUCGUAUCGAGCUUCUCUCGAUAAAGAAACAAGUACGAAACGAACGACCGAGAUCCGAUAACGAUCACACAUAAAUAUCAUUUAAUUAGUAUCGCGAUCGUUCGAACGAACUUUCGUCAGUUCAUCGACUACAUCUUUUAAAAGACGAACCUCUUAAUUUAAUCCGCCACAGCGAAUAAUUUCCAUAGCAAGAUAUUUUCCGUAUAAGACACUUCUUCUAUUCGAGAAACGCCCAUUUUUGUCAAUACAAUUUGUACUUAAACGGAUUAUUCGAAAAUAUAUUUCUUUUCCCAUUCGGAGACACACUUCCGACUCGAUAAGUCGUAAAAUAUAAUACUUACAUAUAAAUAGAUGUAUUUUAAUUAAUUGCAAAAGUAAGUUUAAUUAAAAAAAAAAGAUUUUAAAAAGUAACGCUGUACCUAUCGUUAAUUAAUGUCGCCAAAUUUCUUACUAUACUUAUUAUACAUAUAUUAAAUAUUAUAAAUGCAUUUCUAAAUGGAGCUUGGAUACAACCUACUGCACGUUCAAAGUAAUUGUACGAUAUAAAAAGUAACAUCGCGCAUCAAAUUAAUUGCAUUGACUUUUAUUUUUAUUUAAAUGGAUACGACACUAAAAGCACGUGUUUCGCGUAAUUUUAUAUCGAAUGCUACCGUAUGUCAUACUUGCCGCACACAUUCGUUGCAUUUAAUGUCCCUUCGUAAUGUUCACUGUACCCGUGUUCUUGUACCUGUGUUUAAAACAUAUCUUCGAUCUAGGUGCAGCAGAAAAUGGCAUUAGUAUCUAUGUAAACUAUGUGUUUAAGUCAAAGAAUUAAAUGCAGUAUACGGUGCGAGUGCACUGCGUUUGAUAACGAGUCAAUAAAAUGAUACAAAAUUGUCAAAAAUAA